CGUAGCGGCGGGCGGGGAGGCGGCGGCGGGCAGGGAAGCGACGGCGGGAGGGGAGGAGGAAGAGGCGGAGGCGGCGGCGGGAUACCCGGCUCCGGGAUGGUGCAGCGCGGCCCGCGGGGCCGGGGCGCGGAGGCUCGGCGGGAGCCCUGCGCCCCGCUGCCCGCCCGUGACACCGAGCCCGCGUGGUGCAAGACGCCGAGCGGGCACAUCAAGCGGCCCAUGAACGCCUUCAUGGUGUGGUCCCAGCACGAGCGCCGCAAGAUCAUGGACCAGUGGCCCGACAUGCACAACGCCGAGAUCUCCAAGCGGCUGGGCCGGCGCUGGCAGCUCCUGCACGACUCCGAGAAGAUCCCCUUUGUCAGGGAGGCCGAGCGCCUGCGCCUCAAGCACAUGGCUGACUACCCCGACUACAAGUACCGGCCUCGGAAAAAGGGCAAGGUGGGCACCGGAGCAGCCCGCCCGCGGCUCCCAGUGAAGAUCAAGCCCUCCGUGCUGGGCCGUGUCUCUGCCAGCCGCAGGCAGCCCGCCAAGCUGCCCACCGGCCCCGACACCCCGCAGGAGCCCGCAGCAGAGGUGCCCGCUGAGGACAGCCCUGUGGUGCCUGGCACGGCUGCCUGGCAGCCGGCACCCGACGGGGAGCACAGCCCCCAGGAGCCCCCUGCACCCCUGAGCCCUACCACACCCUGCCCGGAGCCAGGGAGGUCCCCAGAGAGCGGGUCCCCCUCUCCCAUGUCGGCUGGGUCCCCUCCCUCUUCCUUCAGCUCCUCUGACGAAGAGCUGGAGGAGGAGCUGCUGGGGGUCAUGCCCGGGCGGGCGCCUGCCAGUGCCACCUGUAGUGCCCUGGACUGGUCCGUCUUCGACAAGGACCACGACCUCUACCCGCGGGGAGGCUCCUCGCACUUCGAGUUCCCGGACUAUUGCACGCCCGAGGUCAUAUCAAAAAACAACCCAGGAAAAAACAAACAAACAAACCGAAACCAGCUGUUUACAUGCAGGAAUCAGGUAUUUUGCCUUGAAGCUGCUGGAAGGCAGAGCCCCUGCUCCCCCCACCCCCUGGCACACACCCAUUCUCCAUCCGUCUGUCUGUCCGGCUCUCGCCUCGUGCCCGCAGGACGCAUGGCCGCCCGCCGCGGUUGUUUGCCCGUGAAAUGCAUCUCAUCGGGGUUUCAUUGUCACACCCGGCUGCUUUCCCCCACGGCCCCGGCGCUGACAGCCAUGGCUGCUCCCGGCCGCUCCCAUCUGUGCCAGCGCCGUGUGCCCUCCCGCUCUCCAGGAAGCAGGAGCAUCCACGCCACCCCAGCUCUCGGUGCCCACCCCACCUUCCCCAUCCCUUGGAGAAUGGCUGAUUCCGUUUGGUUUUUGACUGCAUUGAACGCAUGGCUUCAAUUCUCUCCUCUUCCUCUUUGCAGCCCUUGGGGAGGGAUGCCAAGCCAUGCCAAGCUGUCCCUUCCCAGCUCCCUGCUUUGUGAGGGGUCCCUGCUUUGGGGGUUCAGUGUCCCACGGCAGUGUCUCCUUCCCGGUGGCGGGUGCUCCCCGCCACUCGCUUUGGGAAGAGUGAAGUUGCACGCACGUGACGAGCACGUGGGCGCGGGAGGCUGUGUUGUUUCUCUCGCCAGGCAGUUGUGCAGGGAAAGCUGUGCCACGGAGGGAGCCCCUGUCCAGAGUCACCCCAAAACUGUGCGGGGACCAGCCCUUCACUAAGCAGCCAGCCCUCAUUUUAACCUUGGAGCCCGUGCCCUUGUGGGACCUGCUGAGGGCUGGCUGACCUUGGCCGGUGGAGCCGGGUGUCGCUGUGCCCAGCCGUGGCGUGUGGUGCUGCCGGGAUGGCAGGGAGCAGCAUGGAAGGGCAGGGUGGCAGCAAAGGGCAGCUGUGGGAAAUCUGCCUUAGGCAACCACCCGAACUGGUCCAAGAGCAGCUGCAGCCAGUGCUGGUGGGCGUGUGGGCUGUGGGUGAUGCUCUGGCACGGGGCUCCUCCACACAGCACCACGCUGGGCUCCGCUGCCGGCCACGCCGAGAGCAGGGAGAUGCUGGCAGGGAAGAUGCUGCUGCAGCGGCUCCUCCAGCUGGGAUUUUCUUUGCUUUUCCUAAUGGCUCCUUCCUGCGACAGCCGCCUCCUCCCACUGCCGGGAGCACGUGGCUGCAGUGCUGGCUCGGCAGCUGCCGCAGGCUGUGCUUGGGGGGGCAGGGGCUGCGCUCUGGUACAGCUGUGCUGGGUGGGGACCCCACACAUCCCCCGGGAAGUGGUCAUGGCUUGGGCUGGCAGCGUCUGCAGGAGCUCUACUGGGCUCGGCAGCAACCGCUGCUUGAAGCGGCCCCUGCAGUCCCCCGUGACCCCGAUUCCCCAGGGACUCUGGAUUUGUGGGGGCCCCUCGGAUCCUCCCGUGCCAGGGGGUGCUGGCAGCAGCAGAGCACCCGCUGCUUGGUGCUCUGCCUCCCUGUUUUGGGGCUGCCGGUCCCCCCAGUCACAGGCUACCCCGUGCCUGCCCCUUGCUGCAGGCUGGACUGAGCCGUGACCGGGGGAAGGACAUCCCCCCUCCCACGUCCUGGCAUCCCCUGAGGGUGCCUCGGAGUAGGUGCCUGGCCCUGCUGCUGGAGCUGCUGGUGGCCCUGGCUCAGCCGUGGGGAUAGGCACUGCAGCGCAGGGAGAGGUGUGGCCCUUUGCAGGGAUGCUCGAUGUCCCCCAGCCCAGUCCCUGGGGACCCCUCGAGGCCCCCCGCGAUGGUCAACCAUCAGCAGUGUAGAUGUGUCGGUGUGUAGCGGUAGCUGUGCGUGUGUGUUGGCAUUAGCCACGGUGUUUCGGUAGCCCCGUGCGGGUGCCAGCCUGCGGAGCCAGGCGGGCAUCACGCAUCAGACACGUGUUCCCUGGGUAGAGCGCGUCCUCUUCUCUGCGUCCCCUCCCUCCCCGGCCGUCCCCCACCGCAUCCAGUCCCGCCCCCAAAGGUGGAAAAGCCAAAAAGCGCCGGGCCAGCCGUGAUCCUGGCAGCCUGCUCCCGCCUCACCGCCGCCUCGGGGGGACUUUGCCUUCCCAGCCCCUGGGCAGCCCCGCUCCAGGAGCACCUGAAGCCGUCUCCCACGUGUGAGCCGGGCUCGGGGUUCCCGGGGGGUCCGGCGGCCUCAGAGCUCUCUAACACACACACGGAUCUCACCCAGCACCUCGGUGCCUUCUUGGGGUGCACAGCCACCCCAUGCUGUGGCCAGGGCUUCUCAGGGAGGGCGCUGAGGCUGACAGUCACCUGCCCUCCAUCCCUGUCCAUGGGGAAGCCAAAGCCCCCGGUACCAGCAAGGCCUGAGGCCACACUGAGGGUCUCACAUCUCACGUGUGCUUUGCUGACCCUGCAGCUCAGGGCUCAGCUUCCGUUCCUAGGGGGGACACGGGUCCCAGUGGUCCCCUACGUGCUGUGCAUCACCCUUGAGCCAGGGUGAUCCCUCCACGGACUGUCAGGCGAAAUAUUUCCUCAGGAGCAGGUUCUGGGUCAGUGCCAGAACCGGAGCCAGUGCCGGGGUCUCCUGCCCUGGCCGCAAGCACAACAUCAUCCGCUUUGUCCCCGUCCUCACCCCUGUCCCCCUCCUCGAGUCUCGCCGGGUGUGUUUGUCAGGGAGAACCGUCGUGGACAGUGGUGGAUUUUCUGUGCCGUGUGGUUGUAGUGCUUAGAGACCCCCCCAGCGUGCGGCCCCCUCCCGCUGCGCCCCCGCUGCCCGGUGCUGGCUGGCAUGCGUGUGCGAGCGUGUGUGCGUGCGCGUGCGACAUCCCGUCAUCACUCCAGACAAAGCGAAUAAUAAUAAUAAUAAUAAAAGUAAUAAUAAAUAAUAAAAAUAAACCAAACCUCUCUCAGGAAGCAGCUGCCCUGGCGGCGGCAGAGUGGGCCGGGGGUCCCCGGAGCUGGCGGGGCCCCGACGCAGCCUGCGGACGGGCGCCAGCGCUCGGGGUCACCUUUGUAGUGUUGUGUUAGUGAAGGGUCCCUGUGUCUGUUAUCUUGGAGAAACAGGAUUUUAGCCGAGGGGCAGCGACGGCCCCAUCUGGGUCCAUCUUGGGGGUGUGACAUGGCUGGCCCUUGCCAUGCAGAACCUCGGCUAACAAUGAUCCUGACUGUUGUGAUUAUGGAAUAAAGUGUGUUGGUCUGCUCCUCGUGGCUCUGGCUCCUUCUGUGCUGCCUCACUCCUCCCAGGGGAAUUUGGGGUACCCAGGGCUGUGGGAGGUCUCCAGGGAGAUGAGGGAUUCCCAAUGGCCAGCAUCGGGCUCCCAGGUAUAUCAGUUCCCACCCUGAGCCCCGGUUCCUAUGGGCUCUCCUGCAGCGGGGGGGUUCACCCUCAUCAGUCAGUGUGGGCUGGGCGUCCCCGGGAGCAGUGUGAGCAUGUGCAUGUGUGUGCACGUAUGUGCUGUGCGUAUGCAGCCCCUCGCCCCACCCGUGUGUGUGUGUGUGGGCAAUCCCGGCGCCGCCCCCGACUCCGUUCAGCCGGGGGAGGGGACCGAGGGUGAUCGGGGGGGAAGUGGAGAGGGAGGGAACCGGGGGUGCUAAUCCAGACCCACGGGGGGGGGGGGGGGCACGGGGUCACGCGCCACUUGCAUCACACGCAGACCCCCGCCCCCAGUCUCACCGCAGCUGUUGCCACGGCAACAAGAGGAGCCCAGAGCAUCCCCGGGUACCGCCAGCCCCUCCUGCUGCCCUGCCGCUGCUGGGGAGCGGGCUGUCCCCCAGGGAGGGAGAAGUGCAGGGGUUGCCCGUGCCACGGUGACCCCCCAAGUCUGCAGGCUGCACCCCCGGGACAGCCCCAGCACCGCCCGGGGCCGGGGCGGUACCACAGGGGCAGCAGUGUUCCAGUGUGGUGUCACUGCAGCCCCCGGCAAUGGGAUUCGUCUCUGUGCAGGGGCACUGCUGGGAGCAGAGGGGACCACGGGGCAGCCACAGCCAGAGCUGUGGCCAUCACCACUGUCCCCAUCACUUUGGUAAGGUCAGGGCCACAUGGGCUCUCGUCUACUGUCCAACAUGGCCCACACAGGCACAUGCACACAUUGCCACUGGCCUGGUUCUGAGUCACACGCAGCAGCGGCCUCUUGGCUUCCCUAAAGGUGCCACAUAUCUCCUGCCACCACUCUUCCUUCCCCCCUGCUGCUCAAAGGGUGCUCCUCCCAAAGGGAUUCAAGCCGGUUUAGAAAAUGGCUCCUGGAGAAGCCACAGGCAAUUAAAAACAGCCAAGAGGGCUGCCAGCCUUGAGCCAUCCAGACAAAACCGCUUCCAGCCUGGCCAAGGCGGCCACAUCACCCCAGCUCAGUGGAGCGUGCCCUGGGAGUGGGCACCAUGCCCUGGGAUUGGGCACCGUGCCCAGGAUCUCCUCCUGCAGCCGGGCACCCGGCCUGGGGUGCAGGGCAGCUGGGAGGUCAGGCUAUUUCCAGCCCCACGCUGCUGAUGGGGGGGACACCCCAGAGCCAGCAGCACACACAAGGCCUGGCGCUGGCCCAGAGGGAGACAGAUGAUGGAGAGCAGUGACCGGGGCACGCACACGCCCUUUGGCUCUGCUCCUG